CCCAUCCAUCUAGUUCCCCAUGGACGCUGCCUGGACACAGUCCCCCGAGGACGUCCUCCGCCACUUUCAGGUAGACCAGAAUACAGGUCUUACGUCUGCUCAUGUCGUCAAGAACCAAGGGGUCUAUGGCAAGAAUGAAUUACCUGAAGACCCUCCUACACCAUUAUGGGAAUUAAUUCUAGAACAGUUCAAGGAUCAGCUGGUUCUUAUCCUCCUUGCCUCGGCACUCGUUUCAUUCGUCCUUGCUCUGCUCGAGGAAUCCAACGGAACCACGAGUCGUGCCACUGCGUUCGUCGAACCCCUCGUUAUUCUCUUGAUUCUUAUUGCGAAUGCAACCGUUGGAGUAAUCCAAGAGACAAACGCAGAGAAGGCUAUUGACGCUCUCAAGGAGUAUUCGCCGGACGAGGCUACCGUUAUUCGAGACGGUCAAGUUUCGCGUGUACAUGCAAGCGAUCUUGUACCUGGGGAUAUCAUCUCUGUAGCUGUUGGUGACAAAGUCCCGGCCGACUGCAGACUGUUGUCUAUAUCUUCAAGUAGCUUCCGUGUCGACCAGGCAAUCCUCACAGGCGAAAGUAUCAGCGUAAAUAAAUACGUCGAUGCAAUUCCGGAUCUUCGUGCUGUCAAGCAGGAUAUGACGAACUUGCUCUUUUCCGGAACUACCGUUGUAAACGGUGCAGCUCGUGCAAUCGUCAUUUUUACUGGUCAGAAGACCGCGAUUGGCGACAUUCAUUUAUCCAUCACGUCGCAAAUUAGUGAGAAGACACCGUUAAAGCGUAGGCUCGACGAUUUCGGAGAUAUGCUUGCGAAGGUCAUCACCGUUAUUUGCAUCCUCGUUUGGAUUGUAAACAUCCGCCAUUUCGCAGAUCCAUCGCACCACGGUAUUUUGAAGGGCGCUAUAUAUUACUUCAAGAUCGCGGUUGCUCUAGCUGUUGCAGCUAUUCCGGAGGGACUGGCAGCAGUCAUCACAGCUUGCUUGGCACUGGGUACGAAGAAAAUGGCACAGAAGAACGCGAUUGUCCGUAACUUGCCAAGCGUAGAGACCUUAGGGUGCACGAACGUUAUCUGUUCAGACAAAACAGGAACUUUGACGACAAACCAGAUGAGCGUAUCAAAGUUCACUCUUAUAACACCCGAAGGUCGAGUCCGUGAAUAUACAGUUGAAGGAACGACUUUCGCGCCGGAAGGCCAUAUUACUACAGCGGAUGGCAAAGACGCAUCCACGGAACUUAGAACAGAUCCUAUUAAGCGUCUCGUUGAAAUUGCAGCUUUGUGCAACGACGCAAAGGUUGUUUAUGACGAAAGUAAGCACGCUUACAGUAGUAUCGGCGAGCCAACAGAGGCGGCGUUACGAGUCCUAGCAGAGAAACUCGGCAAAUUUGAUGAAAGAAAUGGCGCUCUCAAGGAACUUCCUCCCACUACCCGUGCCUCUGUUAUCUGUACCGGGUUAGAAGCGAAAUUCCCUCGUUUAAUGACAUUCGAGUUCUCCCGCGAUCGCAAGAUGAUGUCGGUCCUUGUCAACCGUUCGGAGACGUUCUGCCUUUACGUUAAGGGUGCUCCCGAAUCCGUACUGGAUCGUUGCACCUCUAUACUCGUUAACGGCCAGACGAUACCGCUGAACUCAACCUUGCGUGAACGCAUCUUACAACAGACGGCGGCAUACGGUAGUCAAGGCUUACGCACUCUUGCUCUCGCAUAUACGGAGGAAGCCGACCACAAUGUCUCCCACUACAAGUCCCAAAGUACUGCAGACUACGCUCGCUUCGAACAAGGUCUUACGUUCGUAUCUCUCGUCGGCAUGCUUGAUCCUCCUCGUCCCGAGGUGAAGCUUGCAGUUGCUAACUGCAGAGCCGCUGGAAUUCGUGUCAUUUGUAUUACGGGUGAUAACAAGGGUACUGCAGAGACAAUUUGUCGCGACAUUGGCAUAUUCGGACCGGACGAGGACCUGACUGGGAAGAGUUACACUGGGAAGGAGCUUGAUGCGCUGUCCCAUGCUGAGAAAGUCGAAGCGGUCCAAAGGGCAAGCUUGUUCAGUCGGACGGAACCUGGACACAAGAGUCAACUUGUUGACCUGUUACAGGGUCUGGGUCUUGUCGUAGCUAUGACCGGUGAUGGUGUCAAUGACGCUCCGGCUCUUAAGAAAGCGGAUAUCGGUGUUGCAAUGGGUAGUGGAACAGACGUCGCGAAACUCGCCGCCGACAUGGUGCUUGCGGAUUCUAACUUCGCAACCAUUGAGAAGGCUGUAGAGGAAGGUCGCUUGAUCUACAAUAACACGAAGCAGUUUAUUCGCUAUUUAAUUUCCUCGAACAUCGGUGAAGUCGUAUCUAUCUUCCUAACGGUCCUUCUGGGUAUGCCAGAGGCCCUCAUUCCGGUCCAGUUACUCUGGGUGAACCUCGUCACCGACAGUCUUCCCGCUACUGCACUUGGCUUCAAUCCACCCGACCAUUCGAUAAUGCGCCUGCCACCACGUAACAGUCAGGAGCCGCUCGUCGGUAAAUGGUUGUUCUUCCGGUAUCUUGUUAUUGGUAUCUACGUCGGUUGUGCAACUGUCUUUGGCUAUGCGUGGUGGUUCAUUUAUUACUCUGGAGGCCCACAGAUUACCUUCCACCAGUUGACGAACUUCCACAAAUGCGCGACAGCAUUCCCAGAAAUCGGCUGCGAGAUGUUCACAAACGAGAUGUCACAUCGCGCAACGACGAUGUCUCUCUCUAUCCUCGUAACAAUCGAGAUGUUCAACGCUAUGAACUCGUUAUCUGAGAACGAGAGUCUUCUACGCCUGCCUGUGUGGCGUAAUCCGUUCCUUGUUGCGGCGAUUGCUUUGAGUAUGGUGCUUCAUGUUGCUAUUCUUUAUAUCCCGUUCUUCACUUCGCUAUUCGCUAUCACUCCUUUGAACUGGACAGAAUGGAAAGCCGUCCUCUACAUUAGCUUCCCAGUCAUCGUCAUCGAUGAAGUACUAAAGCUCUUCUCAGCGACUUUCGUUGCGCCACCGACUAAAAUCAAGACUGAAUAAAAUGCUCCGUAUAUAUACAUAGAUAACAUACAUACAAACCCGCUUUUUUGUGUAUCCCUAACUGAUGCAUUUUUUAUGCCUUACUGUUUGCAUUUGAUUAAUGCUAAAU